CCGCGCAAACUUUCCCUGCAGCUCUGCGCAGACACUUCGGGUCUGUUCUCCUUGCGCUCUGGUCGCCUCUGCAGCCCGGCCGGCCUCUCCUGAAGACGCGGAGUAAAUAAGCUGCCAACCCCUCCGUUUGAUUCCCUUGCGGGCAGACGGGCUUCUGCUCAAAGGUGGAGAGAGAGAGAGAGAGAAGACAAAAAAAAAGGAAAGCGGAGAGAAGAAGUCUAAAUCGAAUACGGGAGUCAUCGCAUCUGCGAAGCUUCUGUCUGGUUUGCGCAGAUCACAGCGCGCUGAGGGGUUCCGUACGGAGAAAAACGCAUUGUGUGUUAAAAAAAAAAACAACUGUGCGCCAGAUAUCCCACGGAUGGUGCAAGCCUUGACGCCGAGCGCAGAUUGGAGCCCCCCCUUGGUAUUAGACGCAGAGUGUGGAGACCCUGAACGCUGAGACUUCAGGGGGUUCAUGUACUGGAAAAAUGAAGUUUUGCCCCCUCUCUCAGAGGGAAACAAGAUUCUGUCUGAAGGAAUUCCAACAAAGCAGGUGAUCUGCGCCGAGCACCAGAGCACGCCGGGAACCCCGCGCAGCACCGUGGGCUCCAGACACACGCCGAUGUCUCACUCGGACGGAGAGUCCCAGCGCUCCAACAUGGAGCGGGAGGACAUCCGCUCUCCUCCCAGCACUCCGUCCACCCCGUCCGUGUGCUCGCCGACCUCCAGCGCCAGCUCCGUGCCGUCCACCGGGAAGAACGUGUGCGCCAGCUGCGGGCUGGAGAUCCUGGACAGAUACUUGCUGAAGGUGAACAACCUGAUUUGGCACGUGCGCUGCCUGGAGUGCUCGGUGUGCAGGACGUCGCUGCGUCAGCACAGCAGCUGCUACAUCAAGAACAAGGAGAUCUUCUGCAAAAUGGAUUAUUUCAGUAGGUUUGGUACUAAGUGUGCCCGCUGCGGGCGGCAGAUAUACGCCAGCGACUGGGUGCGUCGAGCGAGGGGGAACGCGUACCACUUGGCGUGUUUCGCGUGCUACUCGUGUAAGAGGCAGCUGUCGACGGGAGAGGAGUUUGGCUUGGUGGAGGAGAAGGUUUUGUGCCGGAUCCACUACGACACCAUGGUGGAGAACCUCAAGCGGGCAGCCGAGAGUGGUAACGGUAUUACAUUAGAGGGCGCCGUCCCGACAGAACAAGACAGUCAGCCCAAACCUGCCAAAAGGGCACGGACGUCGUUCACGGCAGAGCAGCUACAGAUCAUGCAGGCGCAGUUUGCUCAGGACAACAAUCCCGAUGCCCAGACGCUACAGAAGCUGGCCGACAUGACGGGCCUGAGCAGAAGAGUUAUACAGGUGUGGUUCCAGAACUGCAGAGCGAGGCAUAAAAAGCACACGCCGCAGCACAGCGGUGCUCCGCAGGGCCAUCCUCAGUCCAGGAUACCCUCGUCGCUGCCCGAUGAGCUGCAUUACUCCCCCUUCGGCAGUCCCGAGCGCGCGCGCAUGGUGGCUCUUCACGGGUACAUCGAUAGUUUUCCAGGUCAUCCGUUUUCCAUCCUCACCUCUCAGAGCCUCCCUCACCAGGCCAUGUCGCUGCCUCAGCUCCCCCUCAGCCGCUAGCUCUCCCCCCCCUGACCUCUGGAUCUUUACUCCGGAUCUGCCGUCAGUGACGCCGCCUGACCUCACUUGGAAGAUCCUGCAAGAGUCCUGGAGAAAAGACUAAUCCUCCGAAACGUGAACAGAAGGAGAAAAGGGACAAAUCUGCCAUCUUCUUCUGUUCUUUUCCAACGGACGGGAACAUUCAGCCUGCGGCCAGUGUGCCGAAGCCAAUCACCUUCCAGCUUUUAUUAUCAGCAGAAACUCUGUCUGUGAUUUUUACAUCAGCUGACGGACCCAUCGUGCUUCUCUUGUAUAGCAUCUUCCGCCCCCGUUUCACCCACCUUCAAACUUGUGGGAUUUUAAAUGGAUGCAAUUGAUAAAAGAAGCAGGACUGCAGCCUCUCGAAGGUUGUCAGAUUAUUGAAGACAAAAUUUAAAAUGUCACUGUGGCCCAUUGGACAGGGCUCAUACAUUAGAGGUAAGACUCCUCCCUUUUUUUUCUCUCAAAGCAGCCAUGAAGGAAAGCUAAACGUAAACAAUUAAUUGUUUGCAUCUGAAAUGACAAUUUACUUAAUAUCUUGAAGAAAAAAAAAAUCCAAGUUUUCAAUUAGAUUCUGGGUAAAUUUUACAGCUUCAUAAUUAGUAUUUGGGUAAAAGAUAAAUAAAUCAAAAAUAAAACAAGGUGUGCCUUAUCCAUUUCAAUGAAAAAAGGUAUUCUUCAUUAGUAAAUAAAAAAAGACAUUGCUUUAUAAAGGUUUAUACUAAAAAAAAAAAAAACUCCAGAAUACGUUCACAUUUUUUCUCCUAAAUUAAAACAAAAGGCAUAAAAUCGGACAAGAUUUUAUUUUGAAUAAAAGGCUUUGGCAUCUUUACUAAAUCAUACAAUCCUAAUAAAGGAAAAUCUCAGUUUAGCAGCUAUUCAAACCAUAGGACAUGUUUGGAUUUUCAGUAAUUUAUAUUUCGAAGGUUGCUUGGUUUGCCUGUGUGUGUGUGUGUGUGUGUGUGUGUGGUUUUUUUUACACAAUGAGGGAAUUUGAGAACUUUGGUACAAUAUAACCCAAUAAAACCGAGUGGGUUUGUACAUAAUGAGAAGUGUGCAUGUGUGUCUGUAUCCUAGUGCCAUGGCCGUUAUGUGAAAACAGAAUCCAACGACACCUCAAAGUCCUUGUAUUUAUUGACAUGCUAAAAAUCCCUGUAAAAAAAAAAAAAGCACUUUUUCUUCCUUUCUGAAACGGUUUUGUUUUGUCAAAAAAUAUUAACAAAGAAAAAGGGGGG